AUGGAGCGUUAUGAUCGCGGCGACGUCUUGGGCGAGGGUACGUUCGGUAUCGUGUACGCCGCCGUGCAGAGGAGCACAGGUCGUCGCGUAGCCAUCAAGCAGUUUAAACGCGGCAAGUUUAAGGACGGCGUGGACUUCACGGCUUUGCGUGAGGUGAAGCUGCAGGCAGAGCUCAAGCACGUGAACGUCGUGGAACUGCUCGAUGUGUUCGUAGCCAACGACACCAUGAACGUUGUGUUCGAGCUGCUUCCCAGCAAUUUGGACGACGUUGUCAAAGAUAAGGCGGUGGUGCUCACAGCCGCCGACAUCAAGACGUACAUGCAAAUGCUGCUCAAGGGUAUCGCCUACUGCCACGAGCACUACGUUUUGCACCGCGAUCUCAAGCCUGAGAACUUGCUUAUCGGGCCCGACGGCCAUGUCAAGAUUGGAGAUUUUGGUCUUGCCAGAGUCUACGGCAGUCCCAACCGCAAUAUGACCUCGAUGGUCUGUACGAUUUGGUAUCGACCACCGGAGUUGCUCUUCGGUGCGAGAGAAUACAGCGGAUCCGUGGACAUGUGGGGAGCCGGUUGCAUUUUCGCUGAGCUCAUGCUGCGUACACCAUAUCUUACGGGGUUGAACGAGUUGGAUCAGCUUGGAAAGAUCUUCCAUGCUCUUGGUACACCGACAGAGGAGGAGUGGCCCGGUGUGAGCUCGCUGGCCAACUUUGUCGAGUUCACACCGAGCACAGCGCUUCCACUUGCGUCUAUUUUCUCAGCAGCAUCUGAGGACGCGUUGGAUUUGCUGUCAAAAAUGCUGAAGUACAAUCCAGCGGAACGCAUCACUGCCGAGGAGGCCUUGAAGCACCCGUACUUCAGCAACUCACCAGCGCCCACUCCAGUUGAGAAGCUGCCGUCUACACCUGCCCCACCACAAGCAUAA